AUGUGGUCAUUGAAAAGCAUCACCACCUCGAACGAGCUACUUAAAGUGGCAGGCUGCAGAACAUUCGCUGCUGGAGGUGCUAAAGCGAAGAAAGGGAAAGGCGGUGCUGGUGGAGAUGCCCCCAAAGCAUCAUUGAUAAGCAAAGAAGUGAAAUCCACUACUGUUUAUGGUGCCAAUAUACUGAAAGAUGGGCAAGACCCGAAAAUCUUGCCUGAUUCCGAGUACCCGGAUUGGCUGUGGCACCUGCUUGACAAACGCCCCGCCCUCAGUGAGCUCAGGAGGAAGGACACUGAAACUCUUCCAUUCGACGAGCUCAAGCGUUUUGUCAAGCUGGAUAACCGAGCCAGAAUCAAGGAGAAUAACAUGCUGAAGGCCAAAAAUUAGGACACUAGUUUGUUUUGGUGAUGAGUUGAUCAAGUUCUAUAUACAAGUAGAUUAGCUCUACAUUUUCCCAUGAGAAAUUAUGUAGUUGAUGUUGAGUGAAUAACACCUCUAGAAAUGGUUGAUGUUGCUCUCAAAUGAUGGUCUGUAAGUUUGGCCUAAAACUAGGACAAAUCAGUAAAAACCUGAUGAUUGCUGAACCA